CACCUGGCAGCGGCUAACGUUCUCGUGCUUUCUCGCCGUCUAGAAUCCGUGACUGCGGCGAUGAGGUACUCAUGGACAUAUCCGAGAUGCUUUUUAAUGAGCUUGCGUUGCUGAGGCUGAUGAGAGACUUGGAGGAGCCGACAUCAGGUUCCUUGACCCCCCGCGGCGGUCAGGUCCCCAUUAAACAGGAGGAUGACAUGGAAAGGCACAAGCGGCUUCCCAGCUCGUCAUCCUCCUCGGACUAUGUGCGGUAUGAGGAGAGUUCGUCAGCGGCUGAGAGUAGCAGCAGCGGCAGCAGCAGCAGUGAGGAGAACGGGGGUGCAGAGUACGUGCUCAAGGAGGGCAUACCUGAGGAGGAGGACAAGGAUAAAGACCACUGCAGCGAGAAGCAGGAGGAAGACGACGACGACGUCAAUGAGAAUGAGGAGAUGGAGAAUCUAGGCAGGGUAUGGCACAUGUGAUGUUCAGUUAUUGGGUCA